CACAAACUAACCCGCGAAUGUCGGCUUCUUUGCUCUCUUCUUCUCCUCUCUCACACCCACUUCGCAGAUCAUUUAACAAACGCGUCUCCUCUCUGUUCCUCUGCUCCGCCGCGAAAAUGAACGGUUCUAUACACCGUGUCCCUGGCCUCAACGGAGAAGAGAUGGACACGGUUGCUGGAAAGACCUUUGAGAGAUACGCAUUGCCUUUAGAAACGAAGAGAAACGGUAAAGGAACCACGAUUGUGUGGUUUAGAAACGAUCUUAGAGUUCUUGAUAACGAGGCGUUGUAUAGAGCUUGGUCUUCCUCUGAGACUCUUUUGCCUGUUUACUGUCUUGAUCCUCGUCUCUUCCACACCACUCACUUCUUCUCCUUCCCUAAAACCGGAGCUUUGAGAGGUGCGUUUCUUAUGGAAUGUGUGGCUGAUUUGAGAAAGAAUCUGUUGAAGAGAGGAUUGAAUCUUAUGAUUCGGAGUGGUAAACCAGAAGAGAUUCUUCCUUCUCUUGCUAAAGACUUUGGCGCUCAUACAGUGUUUGCUCAUAAAGAAACGUGCAGCGAGGAGCUACACGUUGAAAGACUUGUGGAUAAGGCUUUGAAAGGGGUUGGGAAUGGCACUAAGCUUCAGCUUAUCUGGGGAAGCACAAUGUAUCACAAAGAUGAUCUUCCUUUUGAUGUUCUUGAUUUGCCUGAUAUCUACACUCAGUUUCGUAAGUCAGUGGAAGCCAAGUGUAGGAUCAGAAGCACCACUCGCAUUCCACUUUCUCUAGGACCAACACCUUCUGUUGAUAACUGGGGAGAUGUUCCAACACUUUCUCAACUUGGAAUUGAGACACAAGAGGUGACAAGAGGAAUGAGAUUUGUGGGUGGUGAAAGUGCAGGAGUAGGCAGAGUUUUUGAGUAUUUUUGGAAGAAGGAUCUUUUGAAAGUGUACAAAGAGACAAGGAAUGGCAUGUUGGGAUCUGAUUACUCAACUAAAUUCUCUCCAUGGCUUGCCUUUGGGUGUAUCUCUCCUCGGUUUAUCUAUGAAGAGGUUCAAAGAUAUGAAAGAGAAAGAGUAGCAAACAACUCAACAUACUGGGUGUUGUUUGAAUUAAUAUGGAGGGAUUACUUUAGGUUUCUUUCAAUCAAGUGUGGCAACUCCUUAUUCCAUCUAGGUGGUCCAAGAAAUGUGCAAGGGGAAUGGAGUCAAGAUACGAAGCUAUUUGAGUCUUGGAGAGAUGGCAAGACAGGGUAUCCUCUUAUAGAUGCAAACAUGAAGGAGUUGUCCACUACAGGUUUCAUGUCAAAUCGAGGCAGACAGGUUGUUUGUUCGUUUCUUGUGAGGGACAUGGGCUUGGACUGGCGCAUGGGUGCUGAAUGGUUUGAGACAUGUCUUUUGGACUAUGAUCCUUGUUCUAACUACGGAAACUGGACCUAUGGAGCAGGAGUUGGUAAUGAUCCAAGAGAAGACCGUUACUUCAGCAUUCCCAAGCAAGCACAGAACUAUGAUCCAGAAGGAGAAUACGUUGCAUUUUGGGUGCAGCAGCUGCGUAGGCUUCCAAAAGAGAAAAGGCAUUGGCCUGGGAGAUUGAUGUAUAUGGACACAGUUGUGCCAUUGAAGCAUGGUCAUGGUGGUGGUAAUGCUCAAACGUCUCGUGGGUCAAAGUCUCGUAAUGGUUUCAGAGAUAAUAAUAGCAGGAGACGUUGAAGACACAACAAUGGUCCUUGGAGAAACUAUUGUUCACAAUAAUUUGUAUUAUCAUUACACGUUUCAUUUAAAAUAUGUAACAAACAUCUUGUUGUAAGUUGUAAUGCCUCUUUCUUAACUUCAAAUUUUUGGGUUAUUAUUCACAGAAAUAUUGAAAUUGUUAGUUGUUCUAUGUGAAAAUGGG